GAACUACACUGCUGUAUGUUACACAGUGUAAAUUGGCAUGAAUGCGAAAGAAAUUUGUAGACUACCUAUGUUUUUUUAUUUGAACGAAAGGAAACUUUGCCAUGUAUAAACCGGAUUUAUAUGCGUCUGCAGAAUGAAAGAAUGUUGGGCUUUGUACGCCUGCUAAAAAAAGUUAGGCCAGAUCUCUGUCUGAAUGGCACUUUGGAAAGGAAGAGUUACCACGCGUUUUCUCUAUAAACUUCGGCCUAAUUUCAGAAGGAAACAGUGUCAGUCAUGAGGAAGUGCAGCCCCUGGACGUUUCUCCCCAUCAUGUUCUCCUUCUUCACUGCCGCUGGGCUGUGGGUUGUAUACUUCAUUGCUGUUGAAGAUGAAAAAAUAACACCACUAAAUUCAGAAUACAGGCGAUCAGGACCAAAAUCCCCUCCCUAUAUAAGCAUCGCAGGAAAUGCUCCGCCAGCCAGCUGCGUUUUCAGUCAGGUCAUGAACAUGGCGGCCUUCGUAGGCUUCAUCAUCGGGGUGCUCAGAUACCUGCAGCUGAAGCCCAGGGUACACAAGCCCUGGCUCAACAUCGGCAGCCUGGUGGCUUUGUCCUUGGCUUGCUUUGGGAUGACUCUGGUGGGCAACUUCCAGCUUUCAAAUGAUGAGGAGCUCCACAACAUUGGCACGUCCAUGACCUUUGGCCUAGGCACCCUCUUCUGCUGGGUGCAGUCAGUCAUCACACUGAAGGUCAACCUGAGGAACGAGGGCAGGAGGGCUGGGAUCCCACGCUUCCUGCUGUCUGGAGCAGUCACAUCCUGCAUGCUGCUGUACUUUGCUCUGAUGGCCCAGCGGCUGCACAUGCACGCUGCGCGGGCCCAGUGGGCUCUGGUCAUGUUCUUCCUGGGCUUCCUCGCCACCUUCGCCAUCGAGUUCCGCCACUACCGCUUUGAGAUCGUCUGCAGCGACGACCAGGACCCCCCGCUCAGCCUGUCUGAAACCUUCUCUGAGAUCUCUGAGUACCAGUCUGACCAGCUGUAGGGUCUCCCCCUCCUCCUUAUCCAGCUUUUUGGGUCCGCUGUUUCGGUGAACACUGUGAGAAUCUGCCUGGCUUCCCACCUGUCCCACAUAAGGAGGUUAUCACAUGCAUGUCUGCUUGUGGAAUGUAAUGUCCCUUGAGCAUUCUUAUGUCAACUAGACACUUAAUUAGAGGCCAUCUUUUUAAAAAAGCAACAAACAUAUCUGAAAGCACAAGGAGGUAGUGGCUGCUGGUUUUGCAGUUAUAAAGGUGAACAGCAAUGAUUUUAUGGUGCAUGUACAGUAUGUUUACCAUUAGCCCAAGGGUUGCGGCUCAGUGUGUGUGUGUGUGUGUGUGUGUGUGUGUAUUUCUGACUCUGUAACAGUGUCUUACCGCUAGUACAGGGGUGCACAGCAAAGGCCGAUCUGUUGUGGCAACUUCUGCUAAUUAUUUAAUUAGCUCAAUCAUGUCUAAAUCUGAUACGCGUAUAAGCACCAGCUACAGUCACAGACUGCAGGUGUAUCCUAACGAUUUUACUGAUCCAGUACAGGAGUGAAACAGUGUAGUUUAUAGAAUGGUCAGAAUUUUAAAAAAUUAAGGUAAUUAGGAACAAAAUCCAGCACGUAGAUCGGCCCCCCAUGUUGUGCUUGUGUGAGCCAUCAAAUGCGUGAGGGCUUACAAUCUUUGAUUGCACUUGAUUUUAUGGAAAAGGGAUAUGAAUUACAGAAACAUUUUGAUCCUGCAUAUUUACAAUAUAUUAUCUUGACAUCAAGCUCCUAUUGUGUGUUACUGUAGAGACUUCCCUGGGCACCUUUGAUAAAAAAUAGUACGCAUUUGCAAUAAUUUUAUAUGUUGUGCUGUUAUAGUAUGGAUUGUCUGUUCCAUGAAACAUCUGUAACAUGGUGGGCCUGUUGCUCCCAUUUCUCCAUUUUGAAACAGUAAACUAUUGCUUCCCUGC